AAAUCGGCGCUUGCACAGGCCAUUGUACGUGAAAUUAAUUCACAACUCUAUCAGGUAUCAUCGUCGGAUCUUAUAUCCACAUGGAGUGGUCAGUCAGAGCGCCUAAUACGCGAACUUUUUGAUCAUGCUGUUGCCCUCAAGAAAACAGCAGUCAUUUUCAUCGAUGAAGUAGAUAGCCUGUGCCGAACAAGAUCUUCUUCUGAGGAUGACGCAAACCGCCGUGUUAAGACAGAAUUACUUGUCCAAAUCCAACGACUCCAAUCCACUUCGAAGGUUGUGUUGGUGUGUGCGACCAAUUGCCCGUGGGAUCUCGACCCCGCUUUCAUGAGAAGGUUCGAGAAAAAGAUAUACGUUGGCCUCCAGACUAUGCUUCUCGAUCUGGCCAUGCUAAAAAGCCGUCUUUUGCAUACUACGAUGGAUUCGAGUGUAUCGUUCGAACGGAUAGCGGAAGCUACAAAUGGAUUUAGUGGAGACGACAUCCGACGCUUUGCGACAGAAUUAGCCUAUGCUCAAUUCCGAUAUUACAAGUUAAGCUGCCUUCAGCUUCAAGCCAAUGCGAGGACCCGACAAGCUUUAUCUUACCAUGACGUGGAAACGGUGCUUGUCGAACUUUUCAAAAUCCGUAGAGGAGCACCAAAUCACACGCUUUUUGCAGUACAAAAACAAGUG